AUGCGACCAUCAUGUAGCAUCGCCAAUGCCUCCAUUCCCACACUACUACUACAUGUUCUGAUUUUGCUCUGCAUCUUCCACGCACGGCUCGUCGUCGCGGAACAGCCAGUUUUUACCGCAAGCGUCGAGUACGACGAGGAGGCGUUUGGCAAGUACCCCGUCCAGACGUUCAAGUCGACGCCGAUCGUCGGCCCGCGGCCGAACCUCCUCCUGCGGGACAGCCGCUGCGAGAGCAGUCUCUACACCUUCCUCACUCCGCGAGGGUAUGUCGGCGCAGCGAGAAAUGCGCAGAUGACCAUACUCGACCAGGGCGGCCGGCUCGUCUGGACGUUGGGCUGGGAGGGCCAGCAGAUCUACAACCUGAUGGUGCAGCGAUACAGGGGCCACAAGUACCUUACCUUUUGGGCAGGCGACGAUGCCGUGGGUGGGCACGGCGCCGGCACAUACUACCUGCUCGACGAGACGUACACGCUUCGGCACACCAUUAAGGCGGGCAAUAAUCUACCGGGUGACUUGCACGACUUUCGUUUGACGGACGACGGCACGGCCCUCUUGACGGUCUACGAGGUGCGCGAACAUGACCUUUCGUCCAUGGGCAAGACGACAGGGCCUAUCUGGGAUUGCUUAAUCCAGGAGACGGACGUUGAAACCGGCAAGGUCGUCUUUCAAUGGCGCGCCUCCGAACACUUCAACAUCUCGGACACGCACCGCGCCAUCGGCGGCGAAGGCGAACCGGGCGGCGCGCCCUUUGACUGGUUCCACAUCAACAGCAUCGACAAGGACCUCAAGGGCAAUUACCUCAUUUCUAGCCGCUACCUCAGCAACCUGGCGUACAUUGACGGCAAGACGGGCGCCUUGCUGUGGACUCUGGGCGGCAAGAGGAACAUGUUUCAGGAUCUGUCAGACGGCAGGGCCACCGACUUUCGCUACCAACACGACGCGACCUGGGACCGCGACUACACCGAGAUUACGCUCUUCGACAACAGCGACCUCGGCAAGCUAUCUAACGCGUCGCGGCCGCGGGGGAUGCGCAUCAAGGUCGACCAAGAGGCCCGGACGGCGCGCCUCGUCGCCGAGUACCGCAACCCGCAGCACAUACCCGCCGAGUCGCAGGGCUCGACGCAGACGCUGCCGGGGGGCAACGUCAUCGUGGGGUUCGGCUUCACGGCCGCGUGGACCGAGUUUGCCCGCGACGGUACGCCCCUCUGCGACGUGCACUACGGCCCGCAGAGCCGCUUCGGCACCGGCGACGUGCAGUCGUACCGCGUGCUCAAGUUUGCGUGGAAUGGGUACCCCACGACGACGCCGGACUUGGAUGUCUCCAAGGACGAUGCCGGCGUGUGGCGGGCAUAUGUAAGCUGGAACGGCGCGACGGAGGUGGUGCAGUGGGUGCUGCAGGGCGCGGCGGCCGACGAGGAUGACGACGAUGAGGACGAGCCUGAUGAGUGGCACGUCGUUGAAAUGGCGCUCAAGGACGGGUUCGAGACGGAUUUCGUGCUCGACGCGGGUCAUGCUCGGUAUCUGCGUGCCGUGGCGCUGGACGGCAAGGGAAACCCGCUGGGGACGAGCGGGAUGCUGGAUGUCGGGAACGUGAGCGCUGUGAGUCUGUACCACCGGCUCGCCUACUUUGUGCUAGAUAGUGAUGAGCCGCAGCUGACGCAUAUGCAGGAUUAUAAAGUCGCAAAGCCGGCGCCGGCUGACACUGUUGCUUACACACGCGAGACCGUAGCCGUGAGUGCGGGCGCCGUCGCGGGCAUGGCCUUUAUGGGAAUAUGUGCCCUGGCGCGGCCUGCGGUGCAGUUGUGGAGGCGGACUGAGCUUGGCCGGAGGCGGGUGCUCUACAAGAAGCUAUCUAUGGGCGGAGGGGAGUUGUCGUCUCAGGCCGUGUGA